AGAAUAAAAUGGAAAAUAGACAAGCGCCAAACAACGAGGAGGAGCAGAUCAUCUUCUUGAAAAUUAUUCAAGGAAUACGGUUCAAUCAGGACAAGCCGGCCCGUAAAAUAGCCCUGGUGGCAUCGCUUGAUCACACCACCCUCAACGCAGUCAGCCGCAGGCCUAUAACGCCCGGAGGUGGUUCUGCUUCGUUCAACUCGAGCAUCGUGUGGACCUGUGACCGGAUCUCGGUGAAGCGCAUGAAAAUGUCCAACCAACCGAUAAAGCUCGAUUGCUACGAAACGCAUCCCGAUGGCCAGCGGUUUCUUAUCGGCUGUGUCGUCAUUCCGUUGCGGUCCGUCUCGGUUGUAACGUUGGCAAGAGCCAGGCAACUUCAACCCCGCUGGUACCGGUUGAUUGGGAUCGAAAGCGAACGCUGGAGACGGCAGAAGCCAGAACUGCAGCUGCUGGUGAUGGUAACGGAUUCCCGCUACCUCCAGACCGAGGAUUCAUCAAGCGCUACCGAUGAUCUGAGCGAGGAACGCCAACGUACGACCAUCUUCGCCAAUCCCGACGUAGCUCAGCUUCCUGGAGCGGUUGAAUUGCUCGAAGAUCGGGGCCUACUACAAGUCGGUCAGCGGUCAACCGAUACCGAUCUCUUUCUGCUGGAAAUUGUGCUGAAGUAUGGCCGACACUUGGAUCGCCUUGCCAAGGAUCUAGACACAUUCCACCUGCGCUACCAACUGCUGGGCGAUCAUUACUCUCCCCACGCAGAGCGCAAGGACCCUGGGUCGGCCGUGUUCGUUGUGCAGGAGAAAAUAUCCAUCCAUCUGCGCAGUUCCCUAAUCGCUUUGGCGAGCUUUUUUCAAGAUGCGCUAAAGAUUAGGGUCGAUGUGCUUCGCGAAGGCUCCGAAGGUGUCGAAGCGAUUCCCACAGGCAUGUCCACCAUCGGCAGUACUACGAUUGAUUUUGUCAAUUUUCUACACGGAAAAAGCAUGCAAAUGUUCGAAGAGAAAGAUACACUUGUGGCGGAAGGCAACUUCCCCAUCCUUCCGAGCGAUCGCCCAGUGUCGGAGCAAUCUGGUGAUCGGGGCGCCGAGGAGUACCUCACAGAGGCGUCACUGAAGUGCAAAAUUUCAUUACGAUUUCUGGGAUGCGACAAUCGUCCAGCGACGGGGGACAGUGUAAAAACAGAAGGAGGCAAAGCGGUAACCAAUGAGGCGGAUGAAAUUGAGACCGUUUCGUACACUAUGAACGUGACCAAAAGCGUUCCGGAAUUGCAUCGAAGACAGGAGUUCAAAGCACCUUCGGAAAAACAGGAGAAGAUCGAUAUCGACACGAUCUUGCUGACGUCCGAGCAGGAUCUGCGAGACAUACGGCGUACGUUUGCGUUUUCGGUCACCGUAGAAAGUGUCCAGUUCAACAUCAACCCUUCUCCUGGCAUGUGGCAACUUACGCUGCAGCAUCCAAAGGGAGAUACACCGUUCACGAGGCUCGUGCUAGAGUUGCUACCCGGCGCAAUCACUCCGUCGUACCAGGUUGACUUUGGUGGUGUCGCUUUAAAGCUGCUCUUCUCCACCCUUCCCGAUCAGAUGGUAACCACCAUCGGGUGCGAACCUUCGAAACUGACACUGAACGGACCGCACGGUCUGCACGGAUUCGCCUGGCUCGACAACGGGAGCCUCUUGGUCGGUACACGAGAGAAGCAACCUUCCGGUGUGGUGGUGCUGGUAAACGAUGCCGGCGAAAGUGUGGCCAUUGCAACCGUUACAUGCUCUCUGGAAGAGGUGGGCCUCAACUACAACAGCCAACUGCGGUACGAUUCGGUGCCGAAGCCUUCGUCGUCAUUACCGACUUGUCAUCAUUCGGCCUCCCGCUCAGUACCGUUCGAUGAAACCAUUGCCUACUAUCUGCUCGAGGAGCAGAAAGAGUGGAUGCGUAAGGAACGCGAUCGAUUUUUGGAGGAACUGCGCGAAAAAGAGCUAAAACAUUUGGAAUCUCUCACACGGGACUGGAAGGCGAAACAAGCAACGGACGAACAGUUCCUGGCCGAACGGUUAGCAUACGCAGACACGCUGGCCAAGAGUCUGGAAGAGGCACGACGCAAGACGCUGGACUCUCGCACACCACACACGGCACGGAUAGAGCAGAUCGAGCAGCAGUUUCAGCGCCAGCUGUCGGCGAUACGGGCGCAAGCCCUUCGAUUACAGCGUGAGGCGGAAUGUCACAUCGACGCGACACGCAAACAGUGCCUCGAGCUGCAGGAACAAUCGGCCGAACAAACGUUCCAACAGCAGCAGUUGCUGGAGAGGAAUCGGAUGCUGCAGGCCGAGCUGGAUGACGAACGGGAAGCGCGCAGCAAGGAGGAGGCGGACCUGCGCCGGACGCUCGAGGAUGUCGCACAAUCGAAGGCGUACUACAAGCAGCAGUGGGCGAAGCAGACACGGGAGUUACAUCAGCUGCGGCAGGAGCUGGCCGUGUGCCGCACUCCGUACCACCAGACCUCGUCGUUGGUGACUCGACCCAAGAAGCCGUCUGCUCGAAAACCGCCGACGCAUUCGUCGGGAUAUGGCCGAUGA